CGAAACUUAUUUUGGAACAGGCCUUGUCUGUAUAUAUACAUUCCUGUGGUUGGUGGUUCGACAUUCGAUGCACAUGCGCGAAAAGGGGAUUCGUGUAACAACAGUUAUCAAAUGUCUGGUUAUGUCUGAUUGCACGGUCACGAUCGAUGCCAUUUACAUCUAUUAAAGUAAAUUAGUAAAUUAGGAAAUUACUCUUUGACGUUAAUAUUAAGGUGGAAUAGGCAAAGUCCUUAAGUUUCGACGCCUCGUCAGUUGACUGAGAACCUCUCUUGGAAAAUCCGAGUUAACGAUUAUAGAAAGAAGAAAAAGCAAAAUAACCGGAUUCUAAUGUCAGAUAUCAGAGGUGCAAGAUGAAGCAGCUGGAUAUAACAAAGACUAUGCUGAGAUUAUGUCCACUGAUUAUUCUGAUGAUGGUUAGGAAUAGUAUAGCUGGUGUACCACGCAGGGAUCAAUAUCAGAGUCUGAUAGGCAGUCAAGGCUUGUACAACGCCAGCGAUGAUGUGAUGAUUCUUAAUGCUACAAACUUUAAAACAACCAUAUAUGGUAGUACCAAGGGAUGGCUUGUUGAAUUUUAUAACAGUUGGUGCGGUUUCUGUUAUAGAUUUGCACCUACUUGGAAAGCUCUGGCUAGCGAUAUUUUCUCUUGGAACGACAUCGUUGUAGUCGCCGCGAUAGAUUGUGCAGAUGACGAGAAUAAUCCGAUCUGUCGUGAUUAUGAGAUUAUGCACUAUCCUAUGUUAAAGUAUUUCUCUGUGAAUGCACAUCCACCCUUUCUCGGUAUAGUAAUAGAGAAAGGGGAUAGUGUUGACUCAGUAAGGCAUAAUUUAGUUAAUAUGCUUGAAACUGAGCAACAAGAGGGACGAGGAUCUACAUGGCCCAAUAUUGCACCAUACAGGAACGUCGAAAUAACAGACGUAUGGAAAACAGCUUCCAACAGUGUAAAAUAUUUCUUCCUAAUUUUCGAGAACACAGAUUCUCAUUUAGGUACGGAAGUAAUACUCGAUCUGCAUAGUAUCAACAGUUUACAGAUACGCAGAGUGACAUCCGACAAUGAGUUACUGUGCGUGACGAACAAGGUGACAAAGUUCCCAACUUUGAUAGCUUUUAGUCGUAAUGAAUCGCACAGAGUAAUCAACGUUAGAAUACCGACGAGGCAAGGUGUUCGACGUGCCAUCAAGGAUUAUGUACUUGCGAAAGGAGUGAAUAUUUAUGAAGCAAGUACAACAACGACAACAAGGACGACGACGACGACAACGACAACAGGAACGUUGCGCGACACACAUCAAACAACAAUGGAAAUAAUUGAAAAAACUCGCGAGGAGGAACAAUUGACAUCGAAGAAAAAGGACGAUUAUCUGUAUCAACUCGAUCUAGAGAAUGCAUUACGCUAUUCAAUCAAUCAUGAAAUACCGCUGACAAAGUCGAUAGAAGACGAGAAAAUGGAGGCGUUACGAAGAUACCUCGCGGUGUUGGCAACAUACUUUCCUUUACGACGAAGUAACAUGUACCUGGAGGUAAUUCGUGACGUCGUCGAGAGCAAAACUCGCAUUACCGGCGAGGAAAUCAGUCAGCUGGCAAAGACGACAGAAGAGGAGAUGUCGCCAGUAUACUCGGGACCUCGUCAAUGGAUAGGAUGUAAGGGUAGCAUGGAUUCGUACAGAGGGUACCCAUGCGGCUUGUGGACGAUGUUUCAUACUUUGACCGUGAACUUCGCAUUGGAGAAUAGGGAUGAGUCUCGAGAUUCCUUGCAGGACGAUCCUGCGGCAGUGUUGCGAGCGAUGCACGGCUAUAUCGAGAAUUUUUUCGGAUGCGCCGAUUGCGCUGCUCACUUUAUAGAAAUGGCCAUGAGGAAUGGAAUGUUCGACAUACGUAGCAGAGAUGAGAGUAUACUCUGGCUAUGGCGGGCACAUAAUGAAGUAAAUGCACGGCUUUCGGGCGACAACACGGAGGAUCCCGAACACAAGAAGAUACAGUAUCCCUCGUCAGAGCACUGUGCAGUCUGUAAAUUUGCUAAUAAUAGCUGGAACGAGGAAGAGGUAUUACAAUACCUAAAAUACAAAUAUAGAUAUAGCAGCAUCAAGUACGACGGGAUUGACAAUAACGAAAAUACGGAUAGUAUGAUCAAUAGCAAUGGGUCGAGAGUGAGAAGGCCGGAGAGACUUGCUAUGGAAACCAAACAUACUAAUGCCGGAGAAGGCUUGAACGGAUUUGACAUUAGCAUCUGGCUGGUAUUGUAUGUUUUGUCGUCCGUGAUAUUUGCGCUAGUGUGUUCGAGAGAACUCAAAAGUUAUAAGAGAAGAAUGUGGGUACAGGAGGAGAGUUACAAAAAGAAGAGAAAUCACAUUAAUCAAUUAACUAUAUGAUACUCCUCUUUUUUUUGUUUACACUCUGCUCGUCGCAUAUAGUCAUUUUUGCGCGUGCAACAUUCCUAAAGAUGAAUUUGCAAGUAUCGGUGUUUCAGUGUUUCGGAAAGUUUCCAGACAGUCAGGAAAAUGACGCCAUACAAAUGCAAGGUAUGUGGUAUCUUCCAAUUGCAAGUGUAUAUUUAUAUCUGAAUUGGCACGCGCAAUUCAAUAGAGGAAAUUUUAUUAUACUGCUUGAUGUGGUAAGUAGUACUGCCAGUAGUAAAACGAUAAAGCCAAAAUGCUAUAGCUACACAUAUAUAAGCAUAUUGCGUCAAAAAUUUUCUUAUUUAAAAAAAUAUUUUAUAAAGAGGCUUAUAUGUAUAUAU